AUGUUUAUUCUAACAAGUUCAGCGGCUAGUUUUGAAAUCAUUUAUGGCAUUCGUACGCAUUCAAAUGCGUUAAUAGCUGAUGGAUUGUAUUCAUUUGCUGAAGGUCUUUGUUUAAUUGGUGUUAUGUUAGUUCUUCAUUAUUCAGAUACUGUGCCAAAUGAACACAAACAUAAUACAUUUGGUUAUGAACGUUCAGAAUUAUUGUUUGGUCUUGUACAAGAAGUAUUUCUUCUAUCAAUAUCAUUGGGCGUUAUAGUUGAUGCUGUGAAUAAUUUGUUUAAUCCUGUACAUGUGCAUGAUCCAAAAGUAUUGAUUAUUCUUGGUGUAAGUGGCGUAUUUAUUGGUAUACUUGGGAUGAUUAUGUUUCGGGGUUAUCUUCAUAAUCAUGAUAUAAAAGAAGAAAUAAAUGAAAAGAGAAAACGAGAAUUUUUAUCGUUCUCCAAAAAACAUAUGAAAAAUUUAAAAAGAAUACCUACUCUAUCGAAUCCCAAAGAAUCUCUUGAAACUCCGUUAAUGAUCAAACAAUCACAAGAUGAAAUUACGGAUCACCGAAAGAAAGCUAAAACUUCAUCGAAAAGUGUUGAGCAACAUCCGCCAGAUCUUGAUGCUUUUGCCUACGAAAAUGUUGAUAUGGAAGUGUCAAGAGUAUAUGCCACUUUACAUGCUUUAUGUUUACAUUCGUUUGUUAUUUUUUUGGAGCCAAUCAUUGUUAUUAUAUCGGGCUUGAUGAUUCACUUUAUUCCACAGAUAGAUUCUCUAACAGGCAACGAAAUCAAUGUUUGGUUAAAAUAUGUUGAUCCCAUAUUAACACUUAUAAUGGUUAUUCUUGUUGCUGUACAUGCAAUACCUGUUAUACUUUCUAUAAGUGCAGUUUUAAUUGAAAAUGUUCCCGACGGUAUCGAUACGCAAAAGUUAAUGAACGAGAUAAUUACUGCUGUACCAGCAAUUAAAAGUAUACAUAGCUUUCAUAUUUGGAGAGCAACUCCAAAAGAAAUCUAUGCAUCAUUACAUAUUGUAUGUGAUGAAGAUACCAUGUUAAGUACGUGCACAAAUGCAUAUGGUAAAGAUGUACAAAAAGUGUUGAAAAAUUAUUGUAUUCGAUACUUUACGCUACAAUUCGAAUAUGCAACAUCGCCUAAAUUGGAACAAAUAAAUGCGUAUGAUUGUGCUUAUGGAUUAUAUAGAAAACGACGUGGUCACACACUUGACGAAUCCAUGUUAAAAUUGGCAAAAGAUGCCAUAGUUCAUAUAUAA